AUGUCAAACAACGCAUACAAAAAACAAUUUCUAGACUGUGCUGUCGAGGCACAGGCACUAAAAUUUGGCAUGUUCACAUUGAAGUCUGGUAGACACUCUCCAUACUUCUUCAACAUGGGACAGUUCAACACUGCCAGAUAUCUAGACGAGCUUUGUACGGCAUACGCUCAUGCCAUUAUUGACUCGGGUGUGAAGUUUGAUGUGUUAUUUGGACCGGCUUACAAGGGUAUUCCUCUUGCUUCUGUCACUGUCACCAAGCUUUACCAGUUAGGCGGUGCAGAAUAUGCUGACAUUGGAUAUUCUUUCAACAGGAAGGAGAAGAAGGAUCAUGGUGAGGGUGGAUCGAUUGUUGGUACUGCUCUCAAGGGUAAGAAAGUGUUCAUUAUCGAUGAUGUGAUGACUGCUGGAACCGCCAUUAACGAAGCCUUUGAUAUUAUUAAAAGCGAGGGAGGUAAUGCCGUGGCAUGUGUGAUUGCCUUAGAUAGAAUGGAAACUACAAAGGACUCGGAAAAGAGCGCCACAAACGCUGUUUCUGAAAGACACGGCGUUCCGGUUGUUUCCAUCGUCAACUUUGAUGAUAUUGUUGAGCGUUUCCGUUCGAAAUUGAGCGAGAAACAGCUUAGUGACAUUCAGGACUACAGAGACAAGUACGUUCCAUCUGCCUAA